AUGUCUCUUCCAAGGCCACAACUAGAAACUUCCGAGCCCGAAGUGCUGACUAAUAUGGAACAAGCUAUGUUUAAGGAAGAUGAGGUAAAUACCAGGCCGCUUCGCAUUUAUGUGUUCAAACACUUAAGAGGUAGACAACUACCCCGCAUCUCAGUCUUUCAACGCUUAGAGAACCCUUCCAAUUCUCAACAAAAGAAAGUUCAUAAUAAAAGAAAAUGGAAGGUUAAGUGUCACGAGAAAUCCAUGAUCAAAACACUCAAAAAUGUGAAAAUAAUGAAUGACCCUGUCUAA